AUGCUGGCGAUGCAGCCCCUCACAGCCUCGGGCGUCCAGGCCUCCUCUAAACGAACCGUCAUGGAGCCCGACAUGCAUUGUCCACAUAACGGCACGUCUCAGAACCCGGCGUCCGCGAGCCUCAACAUGACUCUGGGCAUCGUCUUCAACAUCGUGGCUCUCAUCAUCCUCGUCAAAGCCUACAACCGCUUUCGCCGGAGGUCCAAGGCCACCUUUCUGCUCUUCGCCAGCUCCCUUGUGGCCACAGAUCUGGCGGGGCAUGUCGUCUCUGGAGCGCUGGUGCUGAGGAGGUACACGGCGAGCUCUAAGAGCAAUUACACGUUUAAGGGUGACCCUGCGAACCCUGACGCCCCCUGUCAGUUUCUGGGGGGCUGCUUGGUGUUUUUCGGCCUGUGCCCACUCUUCCUGGGCUGUGCCAUGGCUGCUGAGCGGUGCCUGGGCGUCACCAAGCCGCUGCUGCACGCCCGCCUGGUGACCACAGCGAGGACCAAAAUAGCCCUCUCCAUGAUCUGGUUCCUGGCUCUCUGUGUGGCCCUGCUGCCUUUCUUCCACCUGGGUGACUACACGUACCAGUACCCAUGGACAUGGUGCUUCAUCCGGGUGAUGAAGGACACGAAGUCCACAGAUCUGGCCUUCGUGAUGCUCUUCUCUGGCCUGGCGUUCAGCUCUCUGGCUCUGGCCUUUGUGUGCAACACCAUCAGCGGGAUCACGCUCAUCAAAACCAGGAUGAAGAAGAAGUCCAGCUCCCAGCGCUUCUCGGCCAGGUCUCAUGACACAGAGAUGGUGGUCCAGCUGGUGGGCAUCAUGGUCACCUCAUGCAUCUGCUGGAGCCCUCUGCUGGUCUUUGGACUGAUGUCAGCCACACGCUCCUACUUAAAAUCCCAGCAGAGUGUCGAGGACACCUGCAUGUACAGCAAGCUCAUGAUGACCGGAGUCAGAAUGGCCACCUGGAACCAGAUCCUGGACCCGUGGGUCUACAUCCUGCUGCGACGGGCCAUCCUCAGAAAAAUCUAUCGCAUCACCAAAAAGCAGGUCAGCUUCAAGGGAAGCACUUUCCGCUCAGUCCGAUGGGACGUUGGCUCCCUCCAAAAGACAGAGAAAAACUGUUAAACCAUUUAAAGGAGGAGGAACUGAAACUUGGUGUUACUUUCAAAGAGACGUUUUUUUUUUUAAUAUGGAAGGGGAGUUGCCCUAACGGAGAUAUG